ACGCUGAAGUAGCUCAUGCGAAAUGCAUUCUUGAUAGAAAAUUCAGCUUCAUUUCGAUCCGUGCUUACCCAUACCACGAGUAUCACUGUGGGGUUUGCCAAGCCACGAGUUGGGAGACAAAACGCGGCAGUCGCGUUAGGACACGAGCCAGGAGAGCACGGAGCUGCCGACGCAGAAGGACCCGGCAUAACCAACAACCGCGGCAAGCACACACACAAGAACACCAUGCCGAGUAUAGCCGUAGUAGGAGCGGGUGUGGUAGGCCUGACCACCGCCACACUCCUGCAGGACGCCCUUCCCGGGACCCCCGUUACUCUCCUGGCCGACAAAUUCCUACAGGAUACAACCAGUGACGGCGCCGCAGGAAUCUACCGGCCAGGGCUCCAGUUCCAGGGUCCUACGCCGGAAGUGACUAGGAGAUGGCUCGAGGAUUCCUACAACUACUUCAAGGACAUCCUUCACUCGGGAGAACCAGAGGUGACAGGCGUCAAGACGGUCUCGGGCUUCCACUUCUCCUCCAAGUACCCCAACAUCGUAAAGAAUCCAUUCCUGAAAAUGAUAUUGGAGGAGCAUCGACCGUGUACACAAGACGAGCUGGACUUCUAUGGCUACAAGUAUGGCUCUUUCAUGACCACAAUUCUUACAGAGUGUCGCCGCUUUCUGCCUUAUCUCACAGAAAAGUUUAAGAGUCGUGGCGGCGUCGUUGUGGAGCGCCAUCUACACAGCUUGGAAGAACUUGCAGGCGACUUCGAUGUCGUGUGCAACUGUUCCGGCUUCGGUUCCCGCGAUCUGUGCGGGGAUCUCAGCGUCACGCCCAUCAGGGGUCAAGUCUUUAAGGUUCGCGCUCCAUGGGUGAAGCACUUUUAUUACGUGGAUUACGACACUUACAUCUUACCAGGAUUCGACCUAUUAACGCUGGGAGGAACUCGGCAGUUCGACUCCUACUCCAGCGAAGUGUGUCGCCACGAUGCUGCUGCCAUCUGGGAACGGUGCACGCAAGUUCUUCCGAGUCUCAGGAAUGGCGAGGUUGUAAGGCAGUGGGUGGGAUGGCGCCCAUACCGCCCCUCCGUCAGAGUAGAGCGAGAAACCAUGACUUUCCCCAAUAAAAAAACUCUUGAGGUUGUACACAACUAUGGCCACGGUGGGUACGGCGUGAUGACGGCCCCGGGGACUUCAAUCAACGCCGUCAAACUUGUGGUUGAUUACCUUGCGUCAAGAAAGGCAAAACUUUAAAAGAGUAAUAUACAGGAGAUCCGCCUGUGGACCUGCGCCUUGACUUAUGAUAUCAUUAGUGACAAAAAUAUAGCGAUGUCUCUACAUACCUUGAACAAUAUUUCUUUAAUGAUAAGUAGAAUAAGUAUGCAUGCAAACUGCUCUACAUCUUAAAUGUAAACUAACAUACAUAUUAGUAUAGGUAUAUGUGUACAUACUUAUCUCAUCCUGAUGAUACAUAUAUUAGAAUAUAGACCGAAGGGGAAGAUAUACAUAUGAGCACUGAAAGGAAAAAAAAUGACAGUAGAAUGUCAUAUACGUGGCAAUCAGGGCGACAGGUAGACAAAAAAGUAAACAGUCUGGGAAACAGCUAGCACAAGAAGGCCAAGACCAAAUCAGUGACAAGACGGGACGACGAAAUAGCUAAUUUCCGGGCCUGUGAACUGGUAACGCAGAGCACUGGACCGAACUGACUGGAAAAGAUUAGGAGAUCCUACUUCCUGCAAUUAAAUGAUGCAGUGAUAAUGUGGAUCGUGAUAUGCACAUACAUAUAUAAAGUGUACACAGAGAUAAAAAAAUAAUGUAUAAUUGUAGUUAUCUAUCUAGACACAGGCGCGAAAAAAUAUGUAAACGACAAUACACAAAGCAUGAAUAAUUGCAAAUUUGCUCUUUCCUCCCCUUUACAGAUAUCAAGAUAUGCCGUUCAAGUUUAAACAGAACAUUUUGAUUCAAGCUCAUUUAUGCAAUUAUAACUACAUUCAGAGUAAUAAUAUAAUUUGUUUCU